UGACGUUUGUGCUGUGGUUGUGGAUAAUGUGAUUGGAUUGCAAUGCUUUUGAAUUUUUUGGAUGCUUUUAAGUUAUUUUUUAUCAAUCCAAGACGCAUUUUCCAUUUGUAAAUUAAGUUGUCUGUUUAAUAUUUCAUGUGAUUAGUAAAAUGGCUCUAAACACCCGCUUAUUUGUCGGUAAUUUGCCAGACAAUUUCAAUGAACAUUCUCUAAGAGAAGCAUUUUCUUCGUAUGGAGAAAUAACCAAUUUCGAUCUAAAGUGUAAACCUGGUAUAGAAAAUGAUAACAAAAAACGAUUUGCCUUUAUAACUUUAUCGGCAUCAAAUUUCAACGUGGAGUCAUGUAUAAAGUACUUUACAAAUGAAAAUUUUGAUGGAAAUAGACUAUAUGUCACCAGAGCUCGUGAAAGCUUUUUGGAGAGAUUGCAAAGAGAAAGAGAACAGACACAGAAUGCAAAUGCUGAAAAGAAUCAAGUACAUUUGACAAUCAAACAGAAAAAUACAGAUAACCACCAUAAUACACACAAAAGGAAAUUUGAAAAUGAUGAAGAUCCAACAAAUGAACAUACCAAGAAGUCAAAAGUGAAAGGAAAUUUGAGGGUUCCAGAGAAACAAACAGAUUCCCACCUAAAACCUCAUACUAUCACCAAUGGGCAAGAUUUUGGUAAUGCAUUUCCAGUUAAACAAACAGCAAAACUUUUAGAAAGCGAUAAAAGAGAUGGUAAUGUGCUCCAACAUGAUGACAAGAAACAGAACUCAGAUAUGAAAAGGCAGGAGUCAAUGAAAAAAAAGAGACAAGAGUUUAAUGAAAAGAAAAACAUUAUCAAGACUGGGUUAGUCAGUAUUGACAAAAAAUCAAAUAAAAAAAUUAUAUUUUCUGAUUCUGAAGUUGAUAACACAGCUCAAGAUAGUUCAUUGACAAAUGGACAUGCCAAACAGAACACUUAUAAAUCAGUUUUAUUUGAUGAUGGGGCCAGUGAUGAUGAGAUAAAUUUUCAAGUCAAAAAACAAUAUGAAGGGAAGAAAGGUCAAAAGGUUUUAGAUUUACAAUCUAGGUACAAAUCUGACAAACGUUUCACCUUAGAUGAGAGGUUCGUUGAAGACUCAGAAAGUGAUAAAGAUGCAGAAGUUGAGCAGGAGGAAGUAGAUUUAAAUCAGGCAGAUGAAAAAUCCAAACAGUUGAAUAUAUUGCAAGAUGUACUGGGUGUUGCUAUUAAAUCAAAAUCUUCUGAUACCACAAUGAAAACUAAAGCAAAACUGGGGAUGUUGCGUUUUGAUCCCACUCAACCAGACCAUGCCAAGUAUUUAGUUCCAGUGACUACAGAAGAACAUACAAAAUCGAAAAAGAAAAAAUCUAAAGAAAGUAAAACUGAGGAAAACCAAAAGGAACCGGAGCAUAUUGUGGAGAAAGUAGAAGUGUCUAAAGAACAAUUUUACAAAAUAAGUGACAGUCUUAAAGACCAUAAUGCCAUGGCACAGUCAACCACAUUCAGUUUAAGAAGUUUAUUUCAGAAGGAGGAUGAUAACCAGCAAGAAGGUGCAAAUGAAGAUGUAAAUUAUAUUCCUUUAAAAACUAAAAAGGAUAACAAAGUAAAAAACCCUCUGGAUCCUGGAGAAAAAAAUCCAUUUGUAUAUGACUCUUCUGAGUCUGAAAGUGAAGAUGAGAAAAAUGAUAAUACAACAAUUGUACCAGAAAAUAAUGACAUAAAAACAGUUUGGAGAGAAAAUUUAUUUUUGUCAAUAACUGACCACAGGUUAAAAGAAGGGUUGAUGUUCUUUGUGGAAGCUAAUGAAGAGACACAAAAGGAAAGACGGGAGUUAAAGUCUGUAAUGAAAAAGAGAAUUCACAACAACGAAAGGAAGAAUACAAUGUUCCAGAAGAAGAUUGGUGGAAAAAAGAAGCCAAUGAGGGGGAAAUUCAGAAAGAAUUAAGUUUAUUUAUUUUUAAAUUUAUUAAAAUGAUACUGAAUGUAAA